CGACACGUUUAAGGCAGAAUCAGAUCCUGACUUCUCUACGGCCACGUGGCUUCUAUUCUGUAUUGUAUAAAAUUGGCUCUUUCCUCCAUUGACGUAACUUUCAAAGUCAUCUAAACUAACCCAUCUUUGUCUUUCUUGUAGUAUCUCUGAACCUUUAAUUUCUUCUCCCUGAAUUAUCUUUUGGUUUGGCCAAUCUUUCGCUAGUUUGCUUCAGUUUUUAGUUUCUUUGUUGUUUUCUAUCUGAGACCCACAAAAAGUUGAAAAAAGGAAAAAUGGGAAAAUUUUGGACUUUGCUUACCCAACUUCAUUCCGUUGCUGGGCCUGUGACCAUGUUACUUUACCCUUUGUAUGCAUCGAUUGUGGCUAUGGAGACCACAUCAAAACUAGAUGAUGAGCAGUGGCUUGCUUACUGGAUUUUAUACUCCUUUAUCACUCUCGCGGAAAUGGUCCUCCAACCCAUUCUUGAGUGGAUUCCAAUUUGGUACACUGUGAAGCUGAUAUUUGGGUUAUGGUUGGUUCUACCACAAUUCAAAGGAGCAGCUUUUCUAUAUGAUAGAUUUGUUAGACAGCAAAUCAAAAAGCAUGGAUUUUUGGGCCAUCAUCAGCAGCAGCAGCAUCAGCAGCCACAGCAGCAGCAACAGCAAAAAUCAUCCCCCAAUGGCAAAGGAAAGAAGAAGUUUGUGCAGUUUAUCACCACCAAGAAAGAUGAGCAUGAAGCUUAUUAAAGGAUGGGGAACCGGCUUAAGAUCAGGAUCUUGGACUUCAAGUCUCUUGGAUUGAACUUUUCUUUUACUCUUUUGGACUUUUGUCUAAAAAUGUUUGCUUGGUCUUUGUAAAUUCAUGUACAAGUCACUACUUGUAAGGCUUUUGGUGACACACCCUACAUUUGAAUUAAUAAUGAUGUUUUAAUGAGAAAAAAUAUGCAAGGCAAAGAUGACUUUGUUGAAA